ACGCCAGUGUUUACCGACUUAGCUCCGCCCAUCCGGUUGUUAGCGACAUUUUAUUGCUGAUAUAGGAAAGAUAAAGUGGAUAUUGUAUGGUAGUAUAUUAUGCGUAUGGUAUUCGUGGGGGGAAAGCUAUAGGCCUCCAAAGAAUAUAUGACAAUUGGGACAUAAAUACAGCGUUAAAUAUAUCUUGUUUGAAAACUGACACAGUCUAUAGGUUUUUAUUUUUGCGUUUGGCGACCUAGUUCUGACCAUCGCGCGUAAACAUUUAGGUCGCUAGCUGAAAAGGGCCGGAUACCGAAGUGGAAAGGACAUUUUCCAUUGUAACUUCCUUUUGCAGCUGCGAGGAAGCAAAACACCAUGAACUGCCGCUCGGAAGUCCUGGAGGUGUCAGUAGAGGGAAGGCAGGUUGACGAGGCCAUACUGGCCUUGUUGCACACUAUUUUGCUGCACCGAAGCACAGGCAAAUUUCACUACAAGAAGGAGGGCACCUACUCUAUUGGCACAGUUGGUACGCAGGACAUAGACUGUGACUUUAUUGAUUUCACUUUCGUACGAGUGUCGUCUGAAGAACUCGACAGGGCCAUCAGGAAAGCUGUUGGAGAAUUUAAGGAAGCACUGAGCAACUCGGGCAGUGACGGCAUGGGUCAGAUAUCUCUGGAAUUCUAUCAGAAGAAGAAGUCCCGUUGGCCUUUUUCAGACGAAUGCAUCCCCUGGGAGGUUUGGAGCAUCAAGGUCAAUGUUGUCAACCUGGCCAAUGAACAGGAAAGACAGAUAUGCAGAGAAAAAGUGGGAGAGAAGCUGGGUGAGAAGGUUAUCAACAUUGUGGAGGUGAUCAACCGACAUGAGUACUUGCCCAAGAUGCCAACGCAGUCUGAGGUGGACAAUGUGUUUGACACCAGUCUGAAGGACGUCCAGCCAUACCUGUACAAAAUCACAUAUCAGAUCACAGAUUCACUUGGCACGUCUGUGAGCACUACAGUGCGCAGGCUAAUUAAGGACACAUUGGCACUGUGAGGAUGUUGAUCCUCGUUGAUUUACUUGUGUGUGUAGGUUCAUCAUCAGACAGGCAGUGAAGGAAAGUCACAGUGUGAUUAAGAUUUGGGAAUCCCAAAUUCCUUCAUAGGUAAAGCCCUAUAUAUAGGUGACAGACCCUCACUGAAAAAAACUAUUGUAAAUGCAAGCAUUUUAAGUUCCUUUUGUUUUGUAUUUUGUGGAAGUGAAUACUGGAUUUUAUCCAUCAUAUUUUGACCUUGUUUUAACAGACAUGCUCUACAUGCUGAAUAAAAUGUCUGUUUGAAAGGGUGUAACUGAACAUAAUCCUGGAAAUGGGAAAAACACUGUUUUAAUGUUCUGAGUAUUUUGUUACUGUUGUAAAAUACCUUCAGAUUGCUAUUAUUAAGCUAAUUAUAUGUAUGUACUGUAAAAGCAACUUUAUUCAAACUUCAAAAUGAAACCUCAGAAAUAAAACUGAUUGCUUUUUGAAGUCUUAUUUAAA